GCCUCAGCGAGUCUUGGUUCUCUCCGCGCGGGAGCGCGCCCCGGGACACGGCCGCGGAUUGCGGACCGGACGGUGCCAGCUGAGGAGGUCGGAGGUCUCCCCCGCCUGGGGAUGUGGAAGCUGGUGCCAGCGGCAGGGCCCGCGCCUGCCCCAGGAGAGCCAUAUCGACUUUUGGUUGGUACUGAAUAUGUUGUUGGACGCAAGAACUGUGCAAUUUUAAUUCAGGAUGAUCAGUCAAUAAGUCGAAGUCAUGCAGUUCUGACUGUCACCCACCCUGAAACUAACCUUAGUCAAGCUCUCUCAGUCCCUGAAUUAAUAAUAAAAGACACCUCUAAGUAUGGCACCUCUGUUAAUGGAGAAAAAGUUUUGAAUGGUACUUCCAGAACUCUGAAGUCUGGUGAUAGAGUCAAUUUUGGAGUCUUUGAAAGCAAGUUCAGAGUAGAAUAUGAACCUUUGAUUGUCUGCUCCUCGUGUUUAGAGGUUUCUGGGAAAACUGCUUUAAAUCAAGCUAUUCUGCAGCUUGGAGGCCUUGUUGUGAAUGAUUGGUCAGAAGAAUGUACUCAUCUUGUCAUGAUAUCAGUGAAAGUUACUGUUAAGACUAUAUGCGCUUUGAUUUGCAAUCGACCAAUUAUAAAGCCAGAGUACUUUGUGGAAUGUAUCAGAGCCAUUCAAUCCAAACAGCAGUUGCCAAAACUGGAAAGUUUUUAUCCUCCAGUUGAUGAGCCUGCUAUUGGCCCUGAAAAAUUGGAUCUGUCUAUGCGUCAUGAAAGAAAAAUGAUCUUCAGAGGCAAAACCUUUCUGUUCCUAAGUGCUAAACAGCAUAAGAAACUGAGUCCAGCAAUUAUUCUUGGAGGGGGAGAAGCAAAAGUGUUGCAAGAAAGAAGAAAAGAAACUGCUUUACUGGUAGCUCCUGAAGUCUGUGUCAUUGAUGCAGAAUUAACUAACUCGCAGGUCCCAGUAUCUGACUCAGUGAGAAAUUGGAUUAAUUCCAUUAUGACUGUGUUACAAAGCAAUAAUCUCAGAGCCAUUCCAGAAGCAGAAAUUGGAUUAGCAGUUAUCUUCAUGUCUAUGGAAAGAUAUUGCAACCCUCAAAACCAGCCUGGCAUAGCUAAACAGCUGGUUAGUCCAGGAUCAGCUAUUCCGCAUCCAACCCUUUCUCAGAGUUCGACUGUAGAUGAGACCAUAAUGCCUGUUACUACAAGUGAUAACACAGCAUAUGUAGCUGACACAGAAGCAGAAGAACUGAUGGACACAUGUAUGGAGAUAAGCGGAGAGAAGAGAGAGAAAACUCCCGAAAUGGAUCGCAGAGACAAAAUGUAUUCACAGAAUAUAACCACUGUGAAGGAGACUCCCAGCUCUAGUGGCAAUGUAAAUACAGGGACAGUAUUACCCAAGAUGCAUAAAACACCUGGGGUUGACCAAAAAAGUCAACCCCUCUCACCCUCUAAAAUUUUAGGAGUUAAUAGAAAUAGAGAGAGAGCUUCACAGCAAGAGUCUAACUCCAUUAAAAAUUAUUUCCAGGCAGCUCCAAAGAAAAGGGAAAGGAUUGAAGAGGGAGAAACAUCUGUACCUAAACUGGCAAAGAUGGAGGAAAAGUCAUCUCAUCUUUCCAGUCAAACCCAACCCACAACUUCCUUGAUGUGGAAAAGUAAAGUGGAACACACUCAAAAGGAACAAUAUACCUUGGACCUGAAAACAAACCUUUCACCUGUAGACACAAGCCUAAAGCUUGCAAUAGAAAGUAGCAAAUCAGAGAAAGAUAAAACUGUUACUAAAAAUGUUUCCAGUGAAAAGCCUGCAUCAAAGAAAAGAAAAGAAUUAGGUGGUUUAGCUGAGGAUGCAGCUACACUAGAGCUUGUGUUUGGGAGCAAAGAGCUGGAUUGGGAAGCUGAAAUGGGGGAUCAUGAUGAGGAGCAUGGAGCCAAUAUGCAGAAAAAAAGACGUUUGGAAACCAAGGGGAAAAGGAUUGAAGAAGAAAAUGUAAUUCAAGAAGAAGCCAAUAGGAUAUUGCAAGAAAACGAACUUGGCACUGUUCCAACUUCAAAGAAGAAAAUUGAGAUUAAGCAGGAAUCAUCAGUUUUGAACACUGACAGACUUCAAGAUGUCUCCAGCAAUCUGCCCAGCAGACUCUUGUUGACUGAAUUUAGAUCACUGGUUGUUAGCCAUCCAAGGCCAAAUAGUCUUGUUGCUGCACAAAUCGAUUACGAGCAACUGAACAACUUUAAGAAAUUCAAAAAGGUACCUUAUCCUGGAGCAGGACAACUUCCACACAUUAUUGGAGGAUCAGAUCUAAUAGGUCACCAUGCCAAAAAGAAUUCACAGUUGGAAGAAUGGUUAAGGCAGGAAAUGGAGGAACAGAAUCGGCAUGCAAGAGAGGAAUCACUUGCUGAUGAUCUCUUUAGAUAUGAUCCUAAUGUGAAAAGGAGAAGAUAAAUUCAAGAGAAUUUACAAUGAACCUACAGCAAAAUCUUGAUACCCUGGUUGCUGGUUCCAGUGUACAAUAUAUAUGGGAAGUCUAAAUUACCUGUAAGAGUUGUUUUAAGUCCUGCUUUUAUUAAAGGAAAACAGAACCAGUUUUACAUUGUUGUGGCAUUUAGAGAGUCCACAUUUCUGGUUUCAAGACUUUAAACUCAUUUGCUUUAAAGCAGUGCUAUAGUACAACUUUCUAGAUAUUUACGGCUUCACUUCAAGCUUUCUUCUGUUGGUUUGAGAUACACUUCUGCUAUUACUCUAUUAAUAGUAAUAGAAUAGUAAUACACUUCUGCUAUUACUCUAUUGUUCUGAAAAAAGACCCGGUUAAUUUGUUUAGCUUUUUGUAUAACAGUAAUAAUUUGCUGUACAAUAGGGCUCAAAGCACAAAUACAUAAACUACAUAAAACAGACAUGGUGGGGGGCAGUAACCUCAUUUUCUGACUCUGAAUAAGUUGAGCAGUCUUCAGAACGCUGCUGCCAUCCACAGACCUCUUAAGUUUCUUUGAAUACAUCUAAUGCUGUGCACCAUGUGAAUAAAAAGUUAACCAGACCUGUUAACCACAAGUCAAAUCAUGGCUAGCAGGUUCUAGAUGAGCUUUCCUUCACCUGGUGUGGAGAGAGAUUUUAUUCUGAGCAUACUAACAACAAUGCUGUUUACCAGUUGGAUAACAUAGGUGUCAGAAUAAAAUCCCUGUCUAUAGUGGGCAAGAAAGUUUUAGAAUUCUGCCCUCCACAAUGAUACUUACUGCUGUGGCUACUAUUUCAAACCUAAUAUGGACAGAGUCAUAGGUAACAUUUAAAAUAAAACCUUGCAUCACAUUAAAAGAGGCUUACAAAAUUUCACUUUAAAUAACAGAGCCAGUUCUGUUGCAGAAAUGCAUACAGGUGCUGAAGUUAAGUUACCUUAAGUUUAAGGGGAAUUUGUUUGUUUGUUUUAAACCACUGUAGGUAGUUUACAGUGUUGUUGUAGCCAUGAGAGGUGGGGGUGAGGUAAUCUCUUUCACCAACAGAAGUUGGUCCAAUAAAAGACAAGCUUUUGAGCUACACAAAGUUUUGCUUCUUUCCCAGAGUUCUGUGUAGCUCAAAACCUUGUCUCUUACCAACAGACAUUGGUCCAAUAAGAGAAAUUCCAUGUGUUAGCAAGAUGGUUACUGCCACCUUGAAAUGAUCAAUGUACGUUACAGCUGUCGUAUGUAGCCAGCUAUCAAACAUACAUUUAUUUUUACAUGGCAAGUAGUCAGAGGUUUUUUUUAAACACCCAGAUACUGCUUUUUCGUAACAGGCUUGAUCUAGAUUCCAAUAUAUAACUUUGUCAGCAAUAGUCAGUGCUCUCACAAGAGUGGCAGUUAUGUGAUGAGCCAUUAUGAAUACAGUAUACCCUACGAGUCUGGCUCUUAGAUCUCUCAUUCACUGGUUGGGGUGAAGGCCUAACAUAAAUCCUUGACUUCUCAAAUUGUUAAACAGUCUGCUGCUAUUUUCAAAGUUGGUGUCUUCAAAGCUGAGGAGAGCCUGAGCUUUUCAGUAUUGGCAUGUACCAAAUUAAUAAGUGAAGUUACUGUACUGUUUUAUAAUGAAAAUAUUCAUUUUAAACAAAACUUUAAUGAAAUCAGAUCACCUCAAAUAUCCAUUUUUAAACUUUCAUCAUUUGUUCUGUUCCAGUAGGAAUAAGAGUUGUAUCAAUGAGUUUGAAAUAAUACAAAGAAUCAAAACCUGCUUACCUAUUUAUUGGGACCAUUUGUGUUAAGUCAUCAUAGGCACUAGGAAUCUUUUCAAAACCCACUUCACCUCUAUUUCUAUAAUCUCAGUAAGCACUACUAACAAAUUAAAAGUAUAUAAUGUAUAGGCUCUAGUGCUUCAAGUUAAAGCACUUGUUAAGGGAACUAUUCCCAUGUGUAAAUGUACUCAUAUGUGGCCGCAGUAUUUGGCUUAUAAAGACGACACAGCUCUUUCACAUGGUGAGGAAAAAGGUACGUGAUGAAAUUGAGAAGGCUUUUUUUUUUUUUACACACACAUCUCCAUCAUUCACAAAUGGCUUGCACACAUCUUCCUCAGGACAGAUACAGCUCAAGCACGUUGAAGAGAAUACUAAGAAUUGCUCAACCUGCCAGUAGCUCUGCAUGUUCAGGGAGCCUGAUUUUACUGAUUUAUUUUGUGGCUGUAAUGAGCAUUCAUCCCUUUUUCUAUUCCUCUUCUGGGAAAGUUUCCUUCUGCACAGGUUACUUAUCUUCGAAUGAGGAGAAAUGCCAUUUCUUGACUCCUUGUCCAAACAGAAAGGGGCUCUGUCCAAGAAAAAUAAGCAGAAGUCCUCCAAAAGCCACAAGACGACAACUUCAUUCUCUGUAUGGGAAGGGGGAUGCUUGUGAACCAAGGAAGAGAGAGAAUAAUUAUUCUUGACAAAGUUGAGGUGAUGAAGAAAAGGUUAUCAGUGGGAGCAGUGGUAGUCAGGAUAUCUCAGCUCUGCCCCUGACCUGCUAGGGGACCUUGGUCAAGUCCAUUCAUUGCUCUGUGCCUCAGUUUCCCUACCUGUGAAACAGGGCUAAUGGCCCAGAUUCACAAAGGCAUUUAGAUACCUCAGUCCAAAAUUUUAGGCACCAUUGGUAUUCUGCAAAGGCCCCAGUCACCUGCCAUCUAACCUAGUAGGAGCCUAAAUGCUGACACCACAUUGUGGAUUGGACUCCUAACUCAAGUUGAGCUCCAAAGCAGGAUUCUCAAAGCUAUCUUGCUACCAGGGCCUGAUCCCAUAGGCUCUGAGCACACUUAAGACCUGAUACCUGUCACUAAAGACAACUGGAAGCAUGCAUAAUUCAGAGCAGGAACUUGAAGCCAGGUGAAUGCCCUAACCACCAGGCUAUAGGUUAUUCUGAAGUGAGUCUCAAUCUCUCAUGUCAAGAGCUGUUCUUGUAUAAAUAAAUAUUCAUUAGGUCACAGAGAGAGACUGACUAUAGCCCAUUGGUAAGGGCACUCACUUGGGAUGUGGGAGACUCAGAUUCAAGUCCCUGCUCCAAUGAAUAUUUAAUUACAUAUACAGUAGAACUGCUCCAAUAGGAGAGAGUCCUAGCCCAGCAGUUACUCACCUGGGAAGCGGGAUGUGCUCUGGAGCAGUUUUUUGAACGCAGUUCUCCCACAUCCUAGGUGAGUGCUUCGAUGACCAGCAGACAGUGCGUCAUCAAAAAAUUUCAAAACUGUUUGUGCUCUCCCCCAUCCCUCCUCAGGCAGUCUAGUGCUUGUGCUGCACUUCCCCUCCACCUCUCCAUGCGGUCUGGCAGGUAUCUCAGGUCUUAGACAUGAUCGCCAGCAGGCCCUUCUCACCCACUUGCUACCACUAAGGUUUCUUGGCUGUUCUCUAGCCUUUUCAUCUGCUCCCGGGACCCCAUCCCAUCCCACUUCUCACCCUCUUUGGCUCCAUUCUCACUUUUCUUCCCUGCACAAUAUAAGCAUCCUUUAGUCUCCAUCUUAAACACCACAACCUUGACCUCACUUGCCUUUCCAAUUAUUGCCCAAACUCCCAAACUGAGUCAACCGCAUUUUCAAUCAUUUCCUGAAAUACCCAUCUUCUACCCUCUUCAUUCCACUGUCUUCUUCCUGGACAAAGGAAGCUUCUGCUCCAUCUUCACUCUCCUUUUGACACUUUAUGACCAUCUAGUAUUUGAAAUCGUGUUAGCCAUUGGCUUCCAUGGCUCUCCUUUGCUACUAUGUUUAUUCCCUUCAGCAUGUUGUUUGCUGGGUCUUUCUUCCCCUUCCCCUCUCUUUCAGUAGCUGUUUUCCACAUAUCUGUCCUUUGUGCUCCACAGCCUGGAUGAAAUGUCUAGGCAAUCUUACCCACUUUCAUAGGCUCUGACCACCAUCUUUGUGCUUAUGACUCAAAUAUGUGCCUCACUACUCAGGACCUAUUCCACAUCUUGGCUCAGUAGUACUCAACCAGCGGUACGUAUGCCCCUGUCGGUACUCAGAGGUAUUCAGGAGGUACAUCAACUCAUCUAGAUAUUUGCCUAGUUUUACAACAGGCUACAUAAAAAGCAUUAGUGAAGUCAGUACAAACUAAAAUGUCAGAAUUAUUUGUUUAUACUGCUCUGUACAAUAUACACUGAAAUGUUAGUACAAUAUUUAUAUUCCAAUUUUAUAAUUGUAUGUUAGAAAUGAGAAAGUGAGCAAUUUUUCAGUAAUAGUGUGCAGUGACACUUUGUAUUUUUAUAUCUGAUUUUGUAAGCACGUAGUUUGUAAGUGAGAUGAAACUUGGGGUUAUGCAAGACAAAUCAGACUCUUAAAGGGGUAUAGUAGUCUGGAAAGAUUGAGAAUCACUGUCUUGGCUGAUCUGGUAACUUAAAUUGAACAUGGCAAAGACCGAGCUCCAUUGUUCCUGCCAACAUCCAAGACUUUCGACACUUCCCUCUCUGAACCCUUGUAAUCAAGCUGUAUUCAAAUCUUGAAAUUUCUGCAUUUCAAUAUCUUUAAGAACCAACCUUUUCCUUGUUCAGAUUGUCAAACCUCUUGUUUAAUCUCAUAUCAUGACUUGACUAUUGGAACCACCUCCUCUCUAACUUUAACUACACCCACCUUGGGUCCAUUCAGAACACUGCUGCCAAGCUGUUUCCUAGUUGAUCCUGGCCCUAUGUUUCAAAUCCUUCCUCUGGCUCCCCUUUUUCCACUAUAUUGAAGACAAACAUUUGGUCCUUACCUUCAAAGCCCUUAUCUAUGUAGGUGCUUUUGAAAAUUUUACCCCUCGUCUUUCAUCUCUGCCUUAACCACUCUCAAGCAUCAUCAACACCAACUGGCUCCACAGGCAAUCAAUAAGCCAAAUGGAAUGGGUCUUCUACUCCAGACAGAGCUAGCGCAGCCCCAGGCAGACCUGUCUGCAAGCUGACAAAAAGCUAAAGGGAUUAAUAUUUUUCCAGAGAGAACUCAGAUUCCUCUGGGAUACAUAUUCUGUCACAUCAGUGGUCACAAUCUUUGCUAUGCAUUUUCCACAUUCCUCCAAGACACAACACAGUACAAAAAUAAAGGUGGAUGGGACAGUAAUUCUAGUAGCAUAUAUCAGCUAUGGUAGCCCUCCUUUUUGGUCUCACGGCUUCCCCUCUGACCUGGGCUUAAUAUUUCUCCCUCUGUCUCUAAGCUGUUAUCUGACUUGAGAUAUUCUGGACAAAUUAUCUUUACAUUGCACUCAUCUAGAAAGAAAGUCUUGGCACAAAGAAAUUUUUCUAAGGGGAGGAAUAAAGAAUAGCCCCAGGGAUGCUGGCUACUAUUCAACUGUUGCAUGAAGAUCUGUCCAUAGGUCUCAGCUUUAACUCCUUGAAGGUGCAACUUUCUGCCCUCAGUGUUUUAAAUCCAGAUCUUCCUUGGCCUCUAUCAUCCUCAAACUUGCCAAACCUCUUAAAGCCCUUCUCACAAUUUCCCCUGCAAGGACCAGAAUGACAUCUUCAAGACCAUUACUUGGACUCCAUUUGAAUGCUAAUGUCAACAAAGCCUUGCUUUCUCUGUCAAAACAUAUUUCAGUUGCCAUCACUUUAGAGUCCCAGAUAGUAUAGGUCUUUCAAGUAAGACACUUUUUCCUCUUUCAGGAAGGCAAAACAGUUCUUAAACAGUCUCCCAGUUUUAUUCCAAAUGCUCCUUCUCUCCCCAGUUGAGGUAAUGUGCUCCCAUUUGUCAGCUCAGUUCAAAAACAGCCACAAGUAGUACCGAGAAACUCUUCCACGUUGUUUUUUGUUCUAAAUACAAAGUUUAACAAGUCUUUUGCAGCUUCAGGAACCAGAUGGAUUCACUGUUACAUAGUAGAAAAUGCAAGGCUUCCAGAAAUGCAGCAUCCAAAGACAUCUAGGCUUAUUUGCAUGGAGCAUGGCCACAUGCUGGUCAGAACUUCAGCCUUAGUAGGGAGAGCGAUGUAAGGCUGCACUAUAGUAGUCUCUCCACUUUUGCCAGAUCUACAAACUCAGUUUGCAAGCAUCUGCAGAGACCUCCUUCAGGAGGGCGAUACUCCUGUCUCUGGUCCCAAUUUAAACCCUCCAGGGUCAUAGGGGAAUCUUUCCUAGGUCAUCUUUCCUACUUUCUCUCCCUAUUGUUCCUCACUGCUCAUUUCUUGCCAUCAGUGAAGACCAUCAAGAAGAAUGCCAAUUGUCUUUCUUCCAGUUAUGAUUACACUAAAUCAUCCUAUCCAGCUGUAUUCAGUUUACUUAUCUUAGAGCAGGUUCCCAGUAAAUAGAUUCCAUUUUCUCCCCUUAGGGUGACAGGUCUAAAAAAAACAAACAAAACUAAUCUCAAAGCUGGGUUGAACGAUUACAUUUAGGAUUUAAAUUUUCUACAACUUCGGAUGAACUCUUCUAGUGGGUUGCCAGGUGAGUAGGUCCAGCAUUCCCUUCAAAGCACAUGAACUGCUACUGGUCUGUAGAGAAAGAGGGUGCAAUUCAGUCAGGAUUAGUGGGCACAACAUUUAUAAUGUAACACACCAACCUGUGGAACUCAGUGCCUUAGGUGAACACCUUGGUAAGAUUCAAGAGAAGAUUACGUAUUGUAGCUGAAUAAAGAAUUCUGCAAUUACUCUCUAGUAUAAAAGCUUUAGCCACAUGUCAGACCUCACGUUUCAAGUUAUAAGCCAAUCUGCUAGACCCCAAAAGAAACUCUCCCCAUGGUUUAUUAUUACACAAGUGCCUUUCUUUAAACAAUUACCACUGUUAAACAGGCACGUAGUAAGUGCACCAUUAGUCAGGUCUGGUAUGGCAAUUCUGAGGUUGAACUCCAAGAUACUUUCAGGGAUCAAAUUAUUUUAAAAACUUCAUGGCUAUAAUUUAGCCUGGCGAUAUACUCAGUAUUGCUUUGGAUUAUAACCUAUUUCUGAACCAAAGGCAACCAUAAAAAUAUAAAUUGCAUUGCUACACAAUCCAGGUUAUUUUACAAAUUGAUAAUAAAAUUGCAGUUAACUAAGUCCAGGUCUUCUGAAAAUACCAAAUAUUAGUCUGCAUAAUUGACAGUUGACAGCUUUUCAUCGGGUGAAAAAAAGCCAGUUGCAAACAUAAAACUAGCAGCUCCUAGCAUAAAAGGGAAGAUUUCUCAGUACUGCUUCAACCAGUAAAAAGGCUUAUUUACACACUGGCGAGGUAACAUUUAUUCUUCAAAUUCAUACUGAAUACUGCUGCUCUGUCCAGCCUAUUGACCUGCACUCAAACCUUAGUUGAAUGCUUAAGAACACUGGCAGGAAUGGAAGAGAUCACUGCUAACUCUUUGGGAGGUGCUGCAAACCUAGAGCAAUGGAUACCAAUAUAAGACCCUCAGUAAAAAGCUCUGCAAUUAACUCUUGUCAUCAUAUUAAGUGUUUAUAAUAUCUAAGUAGCUGCUGCAGCUAAAGAUGGGACUAGUCUGUCUUCUACAUUUUUUUGCUUUUGUGAUUAAGUCAGUCCCUUUGUCCCAUUAUUAAACUAGAAGUACAUGAAAAAUCAAAUUUGUGCAUGAAUGAUGGGAAUGCUUUUUAUAAUCUGUAAUGUUAUUUUGUAAGUUAUCUACCAUAAAUGUCUGAAACACCUCCAAUUUUGGAUUUGCCUCACCGCCAUGCAAAAGUAUUGCAAGUUUGUUACAAGCGCAAUUAGGUUCUUUAAUAAAAUCUUUAGCUCAUA